UACCUCUGCCUUUCGGAGCUCCCAACAAAGCCGAGACCGCAUCUACCAUCACCUGCAUUCCGCUUGACGGCCCCUGGACCUGGACCUGGAUCUGGACCUCUACGAUUCAUCUGGUUCCUCGCAGCCAUGAAGCGGACUCAGGGCAAAGCCUUUGACGGACCCCGCUCCGGGUUCGCGGCCUUCGGAGGCUUUGGCGCCGCCGGUUCCGGCACCUCCCUGUCUUACCUCGCCGAACCCCCGUCUUUCACGGCCGUGUCGGACCCCAACGUGGUCGUGUCUCUCAAGAAUGUCCUCAAGAAAGACAGCACUACCAAGGCCAAGGCGCUCGAGGACCUCCUUGCCUACGUGCAGGCUCAUCCCUUUGACAAGGAUGGCGGGGUAGAGGAGGCUAUUCUCGAGGUUUGGGUUCAAUUGUAUCCUCGCACAUCGAUAGACAACUCACGCCGUGUCCGUGAGCUUACGCAUAAUCUUCAGUUUGAGCUGAUGAAGUCGGCGCGAAAGCGCUUUGAACGUCAUCUGCCCAAGGUCGUCGCCGCAUGGCUCGCCGGCCUGUAUGAUCGCGAUCGCGUGGUAUCCAGGGCAGCCAGCGACGGCCUAACUUCAUUCCUCUCCACUCCCGAAAAGGUUCUCGCCUUCUGGAAUAAGUGUCAAGCUCAGAUCCUUGACUUUGCCAUCGAGGCGAUCCAAGAGACAAAGGACACCCUGAGCGAUGAGCGUUCAACAACGCCGGAGGACUCCGAGGCUAAAUACUUCCGGGUUGUCACAGCCAGUUUGUCACUUGUUCUCGGCCUGCUCCAAAAGGUCGAACCAAGCAAUCUUGAGAAGCAACAGUCCCGAUACGACGACUACUUUGGGGAGGAAAGUGUCUGGAAAACCAUCACCUUUAAGGACUCAUCAGUGAGAAAGACUGUUUGCCAACUUCUCUUUGCUUCCAUCGAACGCAAGCUACCUUAUGCAGAGUCAACAAAGGCUAAGCAGGCAUUCAUCACCGGUGGCCUCAAGACAAACCAAGCCGGCUCUGCUCUCGAGUAUGUUCGAGCCCUGACAAAACUGACCCAGGUCUAUCCAGACGUCUGGUCAUCAUCCAAACCUCCGAGCGACCCCAAGUCACCUCUGGGUAGGCUACAGGCCUUUGUUGCCAAGGGUUCUCAGGGAAGCCAGCCAAAGUUCUGGGAAUGCCUGGACCAGCUGUUAUCAGUUCUGCCUACGGAUCUAAUCAAUGCCGAGGUGGCUUCUCAGUUCUUGACUUCUCUCAAGUCGGGCAUUACACAUAGGGAUGAACCCCGAACGAAUACUUCUUUCGCCUGGAAGUGCUAUAUCGAUACGGCAAAGCGAUUAUUGAGAAGUCUGCCCUCGGACGACCAGCUGCCCUUUGUUCAGGAACAUCUUUUCCCUCUCAUCGAACAAUUCCUCUUCUCGGUGUCCGAAAAGACGCCAGCGAUCCCUCUCGGCCCGAAUGCCGUCUCCGUUCUCGUCGAGGCAUAUGUUGCCACUGUCCAGGCAUCGCCUCCCGCUGUUUCCGCAUCCGAAGAGGAGUGGAACAGACUUGCGAGCAUCUUUUGCGCCAAGAUCUCUGGAUCUCUCCCCGAAGUGUCUCGGGAGUACCAACAGUCACAGGAUAAGAUCGCGGAAGAGGGCCGACGGUGGUUCAGCCUCGUUGGGCAGAUUGAGGACAAGAUCUUGGAGCUUGCACAGGGUAUCCCCGACCACACGGCCGACCCUUCACUCAAGGUCAUUACACAAAGCAUUUCGCUUCUUGAAAGCCGCAAUCUGAAGCCAUAUGGAGCCGCUAGGAUUCUCGAGUUUGCUCUGAGCACGGCUCCUCGUCUCUUCCAUGGCGAAGGGGCCAAGAAGCUUUCCAGGUUUCUCUCAUCGCUGGUCGAACAAGAUGCCGCCAAAGCUGUUGCCUCUCCUUCUUCUCGGUACCUCCUCUCCUGUCUGCAUCUUCUUGGUUCGGUGUCCACCGAAUUUGCUCCUAUUUGGAACUCUUGGGUCGAAGCUGUUCUUGAUCUUGAGUCGGAGACUGACCGCGACUCGGCGCUUGCAUCUCUCAUCUCCAAUGAUCGUGGAGCGGUUCUCGCAAAGGGCAAUAUGGAGUUACAGAAGCAUAUCAUUGGGCAGGCGACGCUUCUAGCUCUCGGUGGCGCCACCUCCUGGGAGCUGUUGGAGGCUGCUGUCACCUACCAGACACUGACUGACACCAACUACCGAGAACUCAUUCAAACUCUUGUGGAGAUUCUUGAAAAGGAGCCUCAGCAGACAGAACCCACCCUCCAGGCUUUGGAGAUCGCAGCUAAGGGCAGACCGGAGCUGUUCUCCCGAGAUGAGCACGUUCAUACAACGCUGCUUGCCCUCCUGCUCGGACUUUCCGAGCUCGACAAUACCACUGUUUCUUCGAAAGCAACCGCCAUUCGUACGCUUUUGGAUAGCCACUCCAGCGGGAAGCUACCCGUUGUUGCCGUCAUCCAAGCCAACCUUGAGAGGGCUGGGCCACAAUCCCUUGAUAUCAAGACACUCGUGGCACAGGCCGAAAAUGCCUCCUCGAGCGACAUUCCUUCAGAGGAGCUUUUCCCGAGUACCAAUGUGUGGAUGAAGGAGCUCGCUCCUUUCCUCGAGCUGUCCGUCAACCCAUCUAUAUCGAUUACCAACAGCCUCGGCGGUGCUGCUGCGUUGGUGACGGGCGCACCUCGAACUACCCAGCUCCGAGUCCACAGAGACAGAAAGGGACGCUCCAUUCCUGCGAGAAUGGCACUCUACGUGUCUCAACUCUCCGACAAGCUUCCAAUCUCGCAGCUGCCACAGCCAUUCCAGCGAGAGAUCCUGUAUCUUCAGUGCCUGACAGUCCAACUCAUUUCGGAUCAGAUCACAUGCAUGGAGGAUAACCGUCUAUGGAGGACUCUGAAACCGGCCGAGGCCAUCAGCCAGGCCGAGGACUUUGUUUCCAAGACACGUGGAGUUCUGACUUCUUUGACCUCUGAUGUCAAGACCCUAGAUUCUGAUGACGACUCUACAUGCCUGGUCCGCGAUCUGAUCCAUCUGCUAACCAAACACUCGGAUGAGUUGACACCCAGAGGCUUGUACAGUGCAAGAGCGCUUUCCGAACUGGUUCAGUCUAUCACAGAGGCCCAUGGAGCUUCUCCAAGCCUUGAGGAUACUCUUCUGAAGCCCGAUGUUCUCAAAGUUGGUCCCGCGACCGUCUUGCCCGCCUCGGCACUUAUUGCCGGGUUUGGGGAGACGCUUCAGCCUUCCAAGGCCCUCAACACCUUUUGCAACCGAGUGGUUAGUGAGAUUGCGGGACUGAAAGCUCAGGGUGAAAAGACUCUGAUGACUCUUGUGCUUCUUUCAUCGUGCGCUCAGGUCUACGAAACCGGCGAGAUGCCUGUGGCAAACAACCGCAUUGUCUUUGCAGUCCGGCAAAUCACAUCGUGGCUAGAUGAGCCUGAGGAUCUGAGUCCAGCUCUGUGUGCUGAGAUUUGCCGUGCUUUGAACAAGCUGAUGCCAUGCAUGAAGGACGUCUAUGGAUCUUACUGGGAGAAGGCAAUUGAGUUCUGCAUCUCGCUCUGGAAUCGCGCUCACGAGUUCGAGCUUGACACUGCUCUCCCUUUCAUUCACUCGUCACUGAGAUUGUACAAGACUCUGGAGACACUGCAGGAGCCCAACGACGAUCUUGAUGAUGCAAUUAAGGAGUACGCAGGCGCCAAGCCCAGGGCACUUGUUGAGCUACUUCGACUUUCGCGAGACACCAGCUCACAGCCCUUGGAGAUCGUGGAUGCCAUGCUUUGCCGUGAGGUGGAAAAGAUGCCUCUGCGACAGGUCCCAGAUCUAUCCGACAUCUUUGCCUUGGUGGCUUCUGAUUCUCGAGAUAUUCAGACGGCCGCUUUCAACUUGCUUCACAGAGCUAUUCCCGAGCAGCAGCAGCAGAAGUCUGUUGAUGCUCUGCUAGACAAGACAGAUGCUCGGCUGCCUGAUGAACUGCUCUCCCUGCUUCUCGACGCUCCGACCCUUGAAAAGUACUCGGACGAGAUGCUGGCAGAGUUCCCCUCUCCCAUCCGCUCAUACCUCCUGUCCUGGAAGUUGGUCUUUGAUGCCUACUCGACCUCGUCUUUCAAGAUCCGCAACGACUUUACCGAGAACCUCAAGACUGACAACUAUAUUGCGCCACUGCUCGACUUUAUGUUUGACGUGCUUGGACACUCUGCGGCACAGGCUCUCAAGCUGGAAAAGGCCAACCUCGGAGUCGAGCAGAUCCAGAACUACGAUGUGAAGCUCGCAGAGUCUGAGCCUGAGGAGAAGAACAUGCAGUGGCUCCUUGUGCAUCUUUACUAUCUGAUUCACAAGUAUACUCCUGGCUUGUUCCGCGCCUGGUACAUCGAUUGCCGUUCGAAGCGAACACGCAUCGCGGUCGAGUCCUGGACAACCAAGUACUUCUCGCCCCUCAUCGUCUCGGAUGCUCUCGACGAUGUCCAGCAAUGGGCAGACAGCCAAGAACCUCCCGCCAUGGACGAGCAAGAACUUGUUGUGCGUGUAGCCCGAGCCGCCAGAGAAGUAACAGCCAGCUACGAAGUCGACGAAAGCCAAGCCGCCAUCACAAUCAAGAUCCCAGCCAACUUCCCCAUCGAAAACGUCUCGGUUCAAGGCCUCAACCGCGUCGCCGUCAGCGAGAAGAAGUGGCAGAGCUGGGUCAUGACCACGCAGGGCGUCAUCACCUUCUCCAACGGCAAUAUCAUUGACGGUCUGCAGGCGUUCAAACGCAACAUUGUCGGCGCCCUCAAGGGCCAGAGCGAGUGCGCCAUCUGCUACAGCAUCAUCUCUACAGAUAAGCGCAUGCCUGAUAAGCGGUGCUCGACUUGCAAGAACCUGUUCCAUCGGACGUGUUUGUACAAGUGGUUCCAGACGAGUAACCAGAACACUUGCCCGCUGUGCAGAAAUCCUAUUGACUACAUUGGGGCGGACACGGCCAAGAGGCGCCAGGUUUAA